UUAAAAAUGAACAAGAUCGGAAAUGACAACUCACAGAUAGUAAUGAAGGCUCUUGAUGAGUCAACUUUGAAUGAUUCUAAACCAAAGUAUUAUCAGUACGAUCCUUCAAGAGAAGAAAAAUCAAGAAUUAACUUUCAAGACGGAGGCAGUGUAGUUCCCUCUGCAAUCUUAUAAUGAAUAAUGACCAGAAGAGCAAGAGGAAAAAGACCCAGAGAAAGCAUGAGCGUCUAGAGACUGAGACUAACAUGGUUUAUAAUAAACUAAACCUUGGCCACGCAAAUAUUUUGCUACUUAAGAAAAAGAGGAAACCAGCCUUAAUUCGCUGUCAUUUCUGUAAUAAGCAAGCUAAAACUUUGGUCAUCAAAAGAAGAAGUUGUAGACAAAAGUGAUGUUGAUGUUUCAUGUUCUGAACUGUAGUAUGCUGACUUUGUUCAUACCUGCCUCUCUGAACAAACGCUUGUUAUAAUUAUGAUCAUUUCUGUGCAAAAUGAAACAGAUAUCUUAGCUGAACGUAGACUUGUAACCCCAGUAUUGUCCUUUCAAUAUAA